AUGCCGGGCAGGAGCGUGCUGGCGCUGGCGCUGGGGCUGUGCCUGCUCCUGCCCUGCGCCGGGCAGCAUCACCGGGAGGAGGCUGAGCGCAUCAUGGCGACCACACCGGUCAUCGAUGGGCACAACGACCUGCCCUGGCAGCUCCUCAAGAGGUUCAACAACCAGCUGGGGCUGCCGGAGGCCAACCUCACGCUGCUGACCGGCACCCACACCAACAUCCCCAAACUGCGCAGCGGGCACGUGGGCGGGCAGUUCUGGUCGGCGUACGUGCCCUGCGACACGCAGAACAAGGACGCGGUGAAGCGCACGCUGGAGCAGAUCGAUGUGGUGCACCGCAUGUGUGAGCUCUACCCCGAGACCUUCGCCUGCGUCGUCGACAGCGCCGGCAUCCAGCAGGCCUUCCAGAGCAACAAGGUGGCCAGCCUCAUCGGGGUGGAGGGCGGCCACUCCAUCGACAGCAGCCUGGGCGUCCUGCGCACCUUCUACCACCUGGGCGUCCGCUACAUGACCCUCACCCACAGCUGCAACACCCCCUGGGUUGACAACUGGCUGGUGGACACUGGGGAUGAGCCACCCGUGCACGACGGCCUCUCGUCCUUCGGGAAGACGGUGCUGGAGGAGAUGAACCGCCUGGGCAUGAUCGUCGACCUGGCCCACGUCUCAGUGGAGACAAUGAAGGUCGUGCUGAAGCUCUCCAAAGCCCCCGUCAUCUUCAGCCACUCGUCCGCCAACAGCCUCUGCCCGCACCGCCGCAACGUGCCUGACGACGUGCUGAAUAUGGUGGCCUCCACGGGCAGCCUGGUGAUGAUCAACUUCUACAACGACUACGUGACAUGCAGGGACACGGCCACGCUGGCCGAUGUCGCAGACCACAUGGACCACGUGAAGAAGGUGGCCGGUGCCCAGUCCGUCGGCUUCGGUGGGGACUACGAUGGGGUCACGAGGCUCCCCACUGGCCUGGAGGACGUCUCCACGUACCCCAUGCUGGUGGCUGAGCUGCUGGCAAGGAACUGGACGGAGGCAGAGGUGAAGGCAGCCCUGGCCGAAAAUCUGCUCCGAGUCUUCAAAAAGGUGGAGGAGGUGACCCUGCAAGGCACGGCUGCCCGCGAGACGCCCAUCGCCUUUGAGGAGCUGGAGGGGACGUGCCGGACCAGCUACGGGUACACCAAGAGCGGUGCUGGCACGCGGCUCCGCGCCCGGGGGCCCCCCGGCCGGGCCCCCCCCCCCCGCCCCUUCCCGCCUGUGCGCCAGCCCCAUGAGCCCAAUAAAGCCGUGCUUCGAGCACCGCCGGCAGCGCGCGGCCGUGCCGGGGCCCUGCCGGCCCCGCCAGCCCUGGCACAUCACCGGCCACGCUGGCAUGUCACCGGCCACGCCGACACCCUGCCGGCCACCCCGGUGGGGCAGAGACAUAGGGGCUCGGUGGGCACCCAGCCUGGGGCACCGGGAAGCCGUCAGCGCACCGGGAGUGACACAUCGCUGCAACACCCGGCCAGGGUGGCUGUAGGGCUGCCUCCGCAGGAUGCUUACAUUAAUCAUUAG